GUCGCCACUAGAGCUCCAGCUCUCUCCGCUGCUCCAGCUCUCUCACACCCCCGUGUCCAGCAUGUACCUGCUGGUGUCGGUGCUGGCCGGCCUGGCCCUGGCCGCCUGGCUGCGCGCGUCCCCGUACCUGCAGCACGACUGCGCCUACAUCCUCCGGUCUCUGCGCUUCGGCUUCAGGCUGGUCCGGUACAAGCGCAGCAGACCGGUGUACAGCAUCGUGGACCAGUUCCUGGCCGCGGCCAGCGCUCACCCCUCCAAGGUGUUCGUGCACUUCGAGGGGACUCCGUACUCGUACGGGGACGUGGACCGGCGGAGCAACAGACUGGCCCGAGCCCUGCAGGCUGCAGCCGGGCUCCGGCCCGGGGACACGGCCGCGCUGUUCCUGCCCAACGAGCCCGGCUUCAUCUGCACCUGGCUGGGACUGGCCAAGCUGGGCUGCCCCGCCGCCCUGCUCAACUUCAACAUCAGGUCCCGCUCCCUGCUGCACUGCUUCUCCUGCUGCGGAGCCGCGGUGCUCAUCACCUGUCCAGAGCUGCAGGACGCCCUGGAGGAGAUUCUGCCCACGCUGACGGAGCGGGGCAUCCGCGUCUUCCUCCUGUCGGGCGACAGCAGCGUGGACGGCUUCACGUCUCUGUCCCCCCACAUCUCCAAGGCCUCGGACGCGCCGCUGCCCAAGGAACUGCGGGCCAACAUCCACAUCAGGAGCACGGCUCUGUACAUCUACACGUCUGGCACCACAGGUUUGCCAAAGGCAGCGGUGGUCACCCAUGAGCGAGUGUGGGCCGCCUCCUUCCUCCAGGGGGCCUGCGGCGUCACGGCAGAUGACGUCUUCUACAUCAACCUGCCGCUCUACCACAGCGCCGGCUUCCUCAUCGGGACGUGCGGCGCCAUCGAGAGAGGGAUGACGGUCGUUCUGAGGAGGAAGUUCUCAGCCUCCCAGUUCUGGGAGGACUGCAGGAAGUACGACGUGACGGUGAUGCAGUACAUCGGUGAAACGCUGCGCUACCUCUGCAACACGCCCAAGAAAGAAAAUGAGAAGAGGCACAAAGUGAGGAUGGCCAUCGGCAACGGGGUCCGGACUGACAUCUGGUCCGAGUUUCUGAGUCGCUUCGGCGACAUCAAAGUCAGAGAGCUGUACGCCGCCACCGAGGGAAACAUCGGCUUCGUCAACUACACGUCCAAGGUCGGCGCCGUGGGACGGGUCAACGUUCUGCACAAGUUUUUCUUCCCUUACACUCUGAUCAAGUUUGACAUCGAGAAGGAGGAGCCUGUCAGAAACUCGGAGGGUUUGUGCAUCGAAGCCGCCAGAGGGGAGACGGGACUGUUGGUGGGAAAGGUCACUCAGAGGUCACCCUUUGUUGGCUACGCUGGCAACAAGCAGCAGACGGAGAAGAAGAGGCUCCGGGACGUUUUAAAAAAAGGAGACUUGUACUUCAACACCGGAGACCUGCUUCGGUUUGACCACGAGAACUUCGUGUACUUCCAGGAUCGAGUUGGGGACACUUUCAGAUGGAAAGGCGAGAACGUCGCCACAUCCGAGGUCGCUGACACGCUCACGACGGCGCGCUGCAUCCUGGAAGCAAACGUCUACGGUGUGAAAGUUGAAGGUCACGAGGGACGCAUCGGCAUGGCCGCCAUCACUCUGCGAGACGGGGAAGAGCUGGACUGCGCGGACGCCUACAAGCAGGUGGUCGGCUACCUGCCGGCCUACGCACGGCCCAGGUUCCUCCGCGUGCAGCCCAACCUGGAGAUGACGGGAACGUUCAAGAUGAAGAAAGUGAGGCUGGUGGAGGAGGGCUUUGACCCUGAACUCAUAAAGGACCCCAUAUACUUCCUGGAUCCUGAGAAGAGGACGUACGUGCCGCUGACGCAGCAGAUUUACAGAGCCGUCUGUCGGAGUGAGAUCAAACUUUAACACAACGUGAACUAAGCUGUGUUUCUUUCUCCUAACGGACACUAAACGACUCUUUCGUGGACCAUAACAGUCGACUAAUCUCAGGGCCGGACUUUGAAAAGACUUUAAUUAUUAACACCUCUGCAGUUGUUGUACUUCAGAAUAUUUUCACAGAAGCUCUGGCUUCCUCCGAGUCAUGUGACGAGCGUACAGAUGUGACGAGCGUACAGAUGUGACGAGCGUACAGAUGUGACGAGCGUACAGAUGUGACGAGCGUACAGAUGUGACGAGCGUACAGAUGUGAUGACCAGACAGAUGAGCGUUAACUUCCUGAAGUCUGAAGUGCACUGAUGUCCAGCCAGUUGAUGCUGCUCCAGUUCCGUCGACCACGAUGCUUCAGAGCUGCUCCACGUGCUCAUGUAACCAGUUAGGAGUGACCGACCCACAGAAACACUGAUGUCGGAGGUGUUUAACAUGUUCUGACAACUGUAACUCCAUAAAAUGUGCCUGGCUUCUUA